AUGUGCACCGCCGAAAACAUCUACUACACAGCCUGCGGCUGCUUCUCCGGCCACCACAUCACCUGGCUCUGCCCCCGCUCCACAACCACCCCCGGCGCCGGCACCGUCUGCCCGGCCAUCGACGCCCAGGGCGUCCUCCGCCGGCCGGGGAAGUGCCUCCCGUGCCGCCGGCGCGACUGGCAGCAGCAGGUACUCGAGCGCCUCCUCCCCGUCCGCGACGCUCUUCCCCCGAGCGGCGGUGACCUUGUCAGCGAUAGGCUUACCCUUCUUAGCGCGAUGAUUCGACGGGCCGUGGAGAAUUCGAAUUCGAACGGGAAUGGGGUUGGGAAGAUGGAGGAUGAGACAGGUAACGAGGGGCAGCAAGAGGAGUCAACGGGGGAUGAGGUCCAGCAGGAGGUCGUGGAGACGGAUAGCACGGCGUGGCAUCAGGAGUGA